AUGGAGAGUUUCGAAGGUAAUCAAGCUAGCAGCGGAACUAGCAGUUCAUCGUCAUCAAGUUCCGGUUCCAGUGGAGAGUCUGGACCAGGUUUCUGCUAUUACUGUGCUCAUAUACAAAAUCCUCAUGCAGGUGGCAUGAAUGGAGGUGGACCAAACAAGGGCGCCAAUGGGUGUGAGAAAUAUGACCCUACCUGUCCGAUCAGCUGUUCAAAGACAACAGGACCUGCAACCACAAAUCCUAUAACUUCUACAAACAUUCUUACAACAACAACUCCUACAACAAAAACUCCUUCAACCACAACUCCUACAACAACAACUCCUACAACAGAAACUCCUACAACAACAACUCCUACAACCACAACUCCUACAACAACAAUUCCUACAACAACAACUCCUACAACCACAACUCCUACAACAACAACUCCUACAACCACAACUCCUACAACAACAACUCCUACAACAACUCCUACAACAACUCCUACAACAGCAACUCCUACAACAACAACUCCUACAACAGCAACUCCUACAACAGCAACUCCUACAACAACUCCUACAACUACAACUCCUACAACAGCAACUCCUACAACAAAAACUCCGUCAACCACAACUCCUACAACAACAACUCCUUCAACCUCAACUCCUACAACAACAACUCCUACAACAGCAACUCCUACAACAAAAACUCCUUCAACCACAUCUCCUACAACUACAAUUCCCUCACCCACAACUCCUACAACACCAACUCCAAUGACAACAACUCCUUCAACCACAACUCCUACUACAGCAACUCCUACAGCAACAACUUCCUCACCCACAACUUCUACAACAACAACUCAUUCAACAACAACCACAACCCCUACAACUACAACAACAACUCCUACAACAGCAACACCUUCAACAAUAACUCCCUCACCUACAACUCCAACAACCACAACUCCUACUACAACAACUCUUACAACAAUAACUCCCUCACCCACAACUCCUAAAACAACAACUCCUACAACAGCAACUCCUACAACAAUUCCUACAACCUCAACUCCUUCAACCACAACUCCUACUAUAGCAACUCCUACAACAACAACUCCCUUACCCACAACUCCUACAACAAUAACUCCCUUACCCACAACUCCUACAACAACAAUUCCUACAACACCAACUCCUACGACAGCAACUCCUUUAACAUUAACUCCCUCACCCACACCUCCUUCAACCACAUCUCCUACAGCAACUCCUACAACAACAACUCCCUCACCAACAACUCCUACAACAACAACAACUCCCUCACCCACAACUCCUACAACAACAACUCUCUCACCCACAACUCCUACAACAACAACUCCUAUUACCACAACUCCUUCAACCACAACUCCUACUACAGCAACUCCUACAACAACAACUCCCUCACCCACAACUCCUACAACAACUCCUACAACCAGAACUCCUUCAACAACAACUCUUACAACAACUCCUUCAACAACCACAACGCCUACAACUACAUCAACAACUCCUACAACCACUGCCCCUUCAACCACAACUUCUACAACAACUCCUUAUACCACAACUCUGUCAACUACAAAUUCCUUAACGACAACAGUGAAUUCCAUGGAGAAUGCCACUACGGUUUUCGACAACACAACGGAAAAUAGUUCUUCAACUGUCAGGACUAUGUUUACACCACCCGUAACAUCAAGAAAUUUGUCUCCACCUCCUUCACUCUCCCCAAGCCUGACAACCAUUAACACAGAGACUAUCAUCACUAACACAACGCAUGCGCCAGUACUUUUAACCAAACCACAGACUACGAAGACUCCAUGUGUUCCGAUUUUCUGUAUUCUUCCAUGCGGAAAUCCUCCAAAUUAUCGUAAAGAUGCCAAUGGUUGUGAACGCUGUGAAUGUGCCUGA